UUUAAGCUGCAAAUUUGCAGAGCAAUUUCAGGCCUGCUGAAGGUUUGGAACAGCUAAAGAGAGACCCAUUGCCGCCGCCGCCUCGCUGGAGUGUCCGCUGCCUCGUCGCCGACCGCCGCUGUAUCCUCCAUCUCUGACGUCGCCGCCGCCUCUGUCGCCGUCGGCGCGUCUUCUCGCCUCUCACCGCCGACCCGUCUAGUGACCGACGAAGUUCAAAUCAUCUGUCAAAACCGUCUAUCCUUAGCUUGGUACUAGUACCCGAUAGGUACCCAUUAUUCAAGGGGGAUUGGGAUGGGGUAAUGAACAAAAUACCUUAAGGUCAAACAAUUCAUUCAGAAAUGUCUAAGAAAACGCAAAUGGGAAGACAUGGAGAAGGAUCAGCAACAAGAAGUUAUAUGGACUUCAUGGGCCAGAAAAUGGACAUCAAAUCCAUUAUGAAAGAUAUCGAGUUUUUGGGAUCAUCACAUAUGACAUGGAAAGAGAGGAAGGAGUUAGAGAAUAGGAAGGUUGCUGCGCUUGGUGGGAAGCCUCCCAAAAGGCAGAGGUUACCGCUUAGUGUAGCAAGAAUACCAAUGAAGAAACAGAAAGAAAGGGAGCAGAAAAUGCGAGAAGAGAGUUUGAUACUUGGACGAUUUGGUGGGAAGCUUGCCACUUGUUCUAAAAAAGCAACCGAGAAGCUCAAGCCGGAGGACAAGGUUCUGAAGCCGACGGAAGGUCGUUUCAGAAACGGUGUUCUGGAUGUGAAACAUCUGUUACAGCCGGCUGGACCGAGAAAAAACGAUGGCACCGGAUAUGUAGCUUACAACAAAGGAAAGAAGAAAAGGAACAAUACAAAGAACCAGGGAAAGAAGAAGGGUGGCAAGAGAAAGCGUCACUGAGAACGCUAACAGAAACCAUUACAUGUUGGGAGUUCUUUGUAAGCUUAACGGAAACUCGUAAUUUGAUUUUCCUUGAGAAUUGUGCUGUUUCGUGAACUGUUCACGAAAACAGAUGUCAAAUCCAAACCCUAAUGCCUAAAGUUUGUAUCUUGUUUAGUUGGAUGGAAUGGGGCAUGAGGGAACGAGGAAGGGAAUCUAAAAAGUGUGUUUAAUUGCAAAUAACCUGAGAAUGGAAUGGACCGAUUCAAUUGGUCUUUUAUUAGUUUA